AUGUUCAUUGGCAAUGUACCCCCUGAACGUCCCCUCUCGCCAAUUUUCACGACAGACUUCAAGAACCCACAAAUGUGCCGUAAUGGCUUGCAAGAAGAUGGUGUGGUCAAAAUAAACCGUAUUCCUCUUAUGCGCACUGCGGUGGUACAGAUACUGAAUGCAGAAUCUCCGAGUUGCAUUUGGGUGUGCCUUACCAAUCAUAUAACGGAAAGCUUGACAUUCACAGAACCAUAUGAUCUUGUGCAGCGUUGUGAAUCGGGUGGCAUUAAUGGGGGAAAUGAUCUCAAAGAAUUUGAAUACUGUUUGGCACCUAUAAUGGAUAGGACUUAUGGGCGAUGUCGAGUGCUUGAGGUGAUGGAUACCAGGGUUAAGGUAUUCUUUAUCGAUGAAGGUGUUAGUGCUUGGGUAGCGAAAGAUUGCUUAGCGUGCAUGCCACUGGAAUUGGCGUACCAUCCAUGGCAAGCCAUUAUGGUUUCUCUAUGUGGAGUCGGUGUGCGACACCCUCUCCGUCAAGGCAAGCAGGCAAAACCUGCGUGGACCGAGAAGGAAUGUGUUUCCUUCCGUCGCCUUCUCAAUGCGUUUCCUUUGUUUAAAACGCGCACUGUGAAGUCCUCUUUUGUUCACAAUGAUUAUAGAAAGGCUGUACAGGAUAUGAAGAAUCAUCUUCUAAGAAUAUCAUUUGUGAAUAACGAAUUGGGCAGGGGUGCUAAGGUCGAGCUCUAUGGAAUUCCGGAGGGAUACACGGACACGUCUGAAAGUGUUGGCCUAUGUAUUGCCGCUCUAUUUUGCGGUCAGCGACGAGGGCGACUUCGAAGUCAGAGGGUGGCAAAUGCAGCAGAAUUUGAACCGGCGUUGAAUAUUCAAGAAGAAAAUCCUCCUCGACUGGAAGACAUCCCUCUAUUUCGAAGGCAUUUUCCAGCUGACUGGAAAAGGGCUUCUGCUGCCGGUGAUCAGGCAUCCUUAAAUGAAAACAUGAUCGAAUGGCGUGACUGGUCCCCUCAAAUUGCACGUGUCCCGCCUCUGGAAGUGGAAUGGCUUGAUAAUAACGGAUACUGUACGUUAGGACAGCAGUACCUCAUGAAUGUUGAGGGUUCACAAACUCAGUCUCCAUACGAGUUCUAUGCUCGACCUAUCCGCAGAGGACGUGUUCGAGUGGCUAAAACGGAUAUUGAUUCCGGUGAUGAAGAUCAGCUUCAGUCUGAAACAGAAGCUAUGCUGAAUGCACAUGAUGAAUUGAAAAAGAAGGCCACAAUCCUAGACACCUUCUAUUCGCUUGAGGACAACAGAAGCCCACUUGAAAGCAAUCAGUGUGCAAAUUGGCUGAAGGACAAUAUUCGAGUGUUUGCAAUUUGUGCUUGUUCAGAGGAACGUGCUGUAUAUACUGGAGAAUGGCAACGUGUAGAGGUCCUUUCAUGUGACGUGUUUGCAAACGUCCUCUUCCUCGAUUCUGGUGGAACAGAGCUUGUCCUAUCAUACAGUCUUUACAAAAUCCAUCCUAUGCAUUGUACUUAUCCACCACUCUGCAUGCAACUCUGCAUGUACGGAGUUGGGCCAUGCAACACUGAUGGACGGCUUGAGUGGAGUGAAGGUGCGAAAAAUGAGUGGAGGAAACUUCUUCGUGAGGAUUUGCCAAUGUCCAUGUCAGUAGUUGCACGUCUGAAUAAAGCCAACGACAAUAGGGUAUUGCAAAGCAACGAACCCGCAUGGAAGCGUCCUGGUGUGCUGUUUGUCCAAUUUCUCAAGGUUCACGGUGAUACUGAUACGAUCUUGAAGAAGUUCUGCAGCCAUUCUCGUUUUCCUCACAAUGGCGUCAUCCAAGAAGUGGAAGAAGAAAGGAAAUAUCUUGUAGAAUCACAGUGCAAGGUUACAGUUUUUGUGUUCAUGGGCAUAGCUGCUGAGCAAGGUGCAAUCCUCACACACCUUCUUGAUGAGAACGAUGAUCAUGGAGCACAAGACGGUAAUCGUCGCAUAGCGAUUGCUGCUUAUAGUCGGCUCCGAAUGUGUACAACAAGAUGGGCACGAUUCACACUUGAUUAG